GAUUGUUGGCUCGGUUGGUUCGUUGUCGGCAUGUCUCACGUGAUAUAGAUAUGUUAUGACCUCUCCACAGUCAUGGCGCGUACAAAUCGUCCUAUCUCUGCUUACCUACAUGGAGCUUCUCCGUUUCUGAUCAAACAAAACUUCUGGUCCGAUCGAUGGACAAAACAAAUCAUUCGUUCUAUAUUUCGUAGAGACUAGAUAUGAGUUUUGAAAGCAUUUCACAAUAGUUUACGAAUUCUUUCGCUCGCAGAGGUUCCACCAAUACCAUAUCGAUCUGUAAAUAUUAAAGAUCUCAUGCAGUCACGGACAUGGGCGCCUCAACUCCAACUUCUGACAUAAUAACAGCUACAUCAGCAAAGCUGCGUAGCUGUGUAAUAUGCCGAAGUCGGAAAGUUCGUUGUGAUAAGUUAUCGCCUUGUUCUAAUUGUCGAAGAGCAAAUAUCCCAUGCGUACUCCCCUCAACUGAUCGACCUCCUCGAUGGGCUCGCCGGCUCGAGCGCGCUGGUAAUUCGGCAGCAGAUUCAAAUGGCGCAAAGCCAGGGCAAGAAGUUAAUUCCAAAGGAGAUCCGAUUAUCGAGAGACUUCAUAAUCUUGAGAAUUUAGUAAAGGAACUCAGAGGCCAAUUAGAGCACGCCAAUGCUACAGCAGGGCAUCUCAAUGAUGAUGGAUUGCCCAGGCUUGGUGGUUCUGAUAGUUCACAGCUUGGUCCAAAUCAUGAUCUAAACAGCUUCAAGGAUAACGGCUCUGUUGAAAUCACUUCUGAUGUACAGAAGAAAUUCGGUAGGCUAGUUCUAAAGGAUGUCAACCGGAGCCGUUACAUAAGUAGUGGUUUCUGGGCCCGAAUGAAUGAUGAGACUAGAUUGAGGGAUUACAAAUGGAGACUCGAGGUGCUCUCGACGCUGAUUCUGAUAUAUCUUCAAACGAUGAGGAUGUACCCGAGAGGAUGGUAUCCAUAUUGGAGCACGAGCGAACGCCAUCAGAGCGGCAUCGCUUUUUAUUCCAACACAAUCUAAACCUUUCUGAUUCCGACCUCUCUAAGUUGCGUCCAUUGCCUUCACAGAUACCUUUUCUGUUGAAUGUAUACUCUGAAAACAUUCACGUCUUCAUGCGAAUUGUAGAUAUAACGGCCAUCACCGACAUGAUCCGUGACUUACGUGGAAAUAAGGGUACGGAACUUACGCCAGCAAAUGAGGCUUUAAUGUUUUCCAUCUAUUAUGCUACAGUAACCUCGAUGGAAGAAGAUGAGGUGACAGGCAACUUCGGCUGUACAAAAUCGGAGAUGAGUUUCAAAUAUCGACUGGGUCUGGAAAAUUCACUUGCAAAGGCUGAUUUUCUAAAUGAGCCUGACAUAACCCUUGUCAAGGCCCUGCUCAUCUUUCUAUUUCUGGUUCGGCGUCAUGAGAGUCCUAGAUUUGUCUGGAUGAUGACUGGACUAGUCAUAAGAAUGGCUCAAGCUUUAGGUCUUCAUCGGGAUGGUUCUCACUUCCCUAACCUUACCCCCUAUGAGGUUGAAACUCGUAGGAGAGUAUGGUGGACGGUGUGUUUGCUAGAUCUGCGAGCAUCCGAGGACCAAGGUACGGAAUUGAGUACCACUGGUAAUAGUGUUGACACAAAGUUUCCGCUCAAUAUUAAUGAUGUCGAUCUCAAUCCUCAUACAAAGAACAUGCCACCAGCACGUUCAGGCGUAACCGAUAUGACUCUUACAGUUGUUUCAGCCGAGAUGUGUGAUGUCAUGAGACGGUUGAUGGCUUCAAGUAUCGGAGAAAGUCCGUCAAGUCCCGAAAUUCAAAGCCAAUUGUUACAUGACCUUUACGGGGCAGUCGACAAACACUUUCUUCAAUUAAACAUGGGGAGUAAGGCCAUUGCAUCCUGGUGUCUAUCAACUUUAACGCACAUGGUUGUGUCCAAAAUGAAUCUUAUUCUUAAUCUCCCAGUGCUCUUCUCCUCUCCCAGCGAGAGCCACUCGGAGAAGGUCCGAACCAAACUUCUGAUAUCUGCCAUUGAAGUAGCCGAAUACAAUCAUGCCCUUAACUCCGAGAAAGGUUGUCAAAAUUGGAAUUGGCUUUUUCAGACUUGUACACAUUGGCACGCAAUCGUAUACCUUUUAAUAGAAACUUCACGACGCCAAUGGUCUCCCAUUAUCGAGCGAGCUUGGGUCGCUCUCCAUAGCAAAUGGUUAAUUCCUCGACAAUUAACGAGCCACUCGGAAAGAGAAGAGAACUCGCGCAUCUGGGUUCCACUACGGAAGCUUAUGGCUAAGACGCGUAAACAUCGUAUAGCUGAGCUACAACGUCUGCGAGAGAAUUCAUGGUCAGCAAUUGAAUUAGAGAGAGAAGAUGAAAAGAUACCCCUUCCGGCCAGUCCAGUACCGUCUUAUGAUGGAAAGUCUGAUAAUCUCUUUCGCGAGCGUUGGCGUGAGCUGGUUGCCAUACCUUUAGAAAUCGAUGAUCAGACGCGGCCUGCUGAGAUUCAUACCCCAAAAUCAACUGCUAGCGAAUCACCUACAACUCAGCAGAACCUUAAUUUCACGUCGGUAUACAAACAUAACGACUUUUGCUCAAAUCCGAACAUUGACAAUACCAAUUUAGUCGGACAGGAGUCAUCAAAUAUGAAUGACCAGUCAGUAUAUCCUCAUAUUCAAACAAGACCAGAACAAUCUUCAUAUCUGUCACAUGACGGGGUUGACCACGUCUCAAGUGAGUGUUAUGGUCAAGAUCCAAAUCUAAACCUAGAUGAUAUAUCACCUCCAUGGAGCUAUAUUGACCCCUCAGGCGGUAUGUUUUCAGAUAUAGAUGUCAACAUGGAUCUCGACAUGGACGUGAAUUGGUAUGAAUGGAUUGAAUCGGCGCAGGUCAUGGAUCUUCCGCUUUGAGACACAAGAGGCAGGAGUUGAAUCGAAUAUAUACUCUUCUUUAAAUGUUCUACUAAGAGUUUACCCAAAUACUUUCCCCCAUUACUAAAAUAUCCCACAUCAUUAUUUUUGUAACGAAGAAAUAUACCAGCCCAACACUACCCCUCGCUCAAACUCAUCAAUGCACACCCGCCAUCUCUCCAACGGUUCCACAACCAAAGAAACCCCCGCAAUCUGUAUAGUCUGUCUCUCACAAACAAGCACUUUUCCCCAUCCAUCUAAUCUAAUCCAAUCCUUAAAUUCGCAGGGUUGCGCAUCCUUCCACGCUUACUCUAAAAGCAUGCCAAGAUCACGUGUCGUCAUCUCCAACCGAGUGUGGGGGGCCUGA